AGACCAGGCCUAAGGUUUCACAUUUCCAAUAACACAUAAAAGGGCAGGUCGUCUCUUGGAGAAUGUCUUCUUCUUCAAGGUCGAUCCUGUUCCUUUCGAUCUUCAUUUCCAUCUCCACCACAACUGCAUUUCCCUUCUUUCCAUUUCCAGGGUUUGGAAGGGGAGAUGAAACUUCCGAAUCAAAACUCGACUUUGAAACCAACUUUCUUGGCUCUUGGGCCAUAGACAAUCCCAAUUCAGGUGUAUCAGCAAUGCAGGCGCAACUGCUUCCAAACAAUAAGGUUAUCUUGUACGAUAACACCAACCUCGGUCCUUCUGGAAUCAAAUUGCAGCCUGAGGGGAAUUGUCGUCUCAUUCCAAAGGGAGCCACGAACAAGGUUGAUAAAGAAGAUUGUUGGGCUCAUGCAAUUGAAUACAAUGCGCUUACCUCUGAAUUUCGGACCCUUAAGGUUGUGUGUUUGUGUUUUAUGUUUAUGUUUGUUAAUGUUUUAUUUUUAAGGAAAGGAAUUAAUUGUGAAUGCAGCUUUACGGAUUCAUGGUGCUCGUCUGGAGGAGUUUUGAUGGACGGAUCUCUUAUUAGCACCGGUGGUUUUAGGGAUGGACAAAGAGCCGUUCGAUUCCUGUCUCCUUGUUCUGACUGUGAUUGGCAAGAAAAUCCUCAAGGACUUUCUGUUAAGAGAUGGUACAAUUUGAUAUAUCUAUUUGGAUUCAAGUACUCAACGCAAGAGAAGCUCGAGGACGGGUCGUUUGUGGUGGUGGGUGGGCGCGGCGAAUACUCAUAUGAAUUCGUCAAAGGAGAUACCCUCGAGAAUGAGAUCAAAAGUAUUGAUCUUCCUUUCCUCUUACAAACCAAAGACCUUGUUGAGAACAAUCUAUAUCCCUUCGUCUAUCUCCUUCCCGAUGGAAGCCUCUUCAUCUUUGCAAAUAAUCGUGCUAUCACCAUUGAUCCACAAACAGGAAAAACCCUCCGAUAUCUUCCUACCCUUCCAGGAGGCUCCCGAAAUUACCCUGCCUCUGGAAUGUCAGCCCUUCUCCCGUUGAAGGUAACCGGAGGUGUCUUAUCUUCCUCACCCGAGGUUCUAGUCUGCGGUGGCAAUACAAAAGAUGCCUUCACAUUGGCUUCCAAAAGGAUUUACUCACCGGCCCUUCUAGAUUGCGGUAGGAUUCGGUUGUCGGAUGCGAAACCAAAAUGGGAAAUUGAGAUGAUGCCUUCGAGAAGGGUGAUGGGUGACAUGUUGAUCCUCCCAAAUGCGGAAUUGCUCAUAUUGAACGGUGCCAAAAUGGGAUCUUCCGGUUGGAGGUCAGCCGACGAGCCGAAUCUCAGGCCAGUAGUCUACAAUCCAGAUAAGAAGGCAGGUAAUCGUUUCAAGGAAAUGAACCCAACUGACAUUCCCCGUAUGUACCAUUCCUCGUCCGCAGUCUUGCCAGAUGGGAAGAUACUCGUGGCAGGAAGUAACACAAAUCCUACUUACGAUUUCUUGAACCAAACCAAGUUCAAGACAGAGCUUCGGGUGGAGAAAUUCACGCCACAUUACUUGGAUCCGAUUCUGGACAAACACAGACCCGAGAUCUCAGAGUUGUUCUCGCAGAGUCGGUUGAGGUACGGUCGUAAGUUCUCAUUGGCAGUGAUAAUGUCGGACAUGAACGUGGAUGAAGAGGAUUUGAAAGUGACAAUGUUGUCACCUCCAUUUACAACCCACGGUUAUUCGCAUAACCAGAGGAUGGUUGUUUUGGAUGUGAUUCACCUUGUAGGUAGUCAUUUGACAGUCACAGCGCCUCCAAACGCUAGGAUCGCCCCACCUGGGUACUACUUGUUACAUGUGGUUCAUCGCGGCGUUCCCAGCAAGGGAAUGUGGGUUAGGAUUCAUUAAUA